AGAGUACUAGGCUUUACUAUCGAAUUUUUUGUGUGUGUCCUGCAGCCUCAGGGCGUAUGACUAACUUGACUUAAAUAAACCGAAAAACCCACAAUAAUCGGUGAAAAUCAAUAGCCAAAGAUGUGCUGAGCACGGGUGAAGCAUAAAACAGUGUGUAAAUAGCAGGCGAAAGAGUCGAAUUGGAUUUUUCUUUGCUCUGCAAAAUUCAAACGCGAGUGUGUCACUCAAUUCUUUGUGCUCCCCUUUUACGACGUCAAAAAAAAAAAAACAAAUUAAUAGAAAACCUUUGCCAUUUAAACGUAACGUAAGAACAACGAAUAAGUAUAUUCCAAAGGACUAAAUAUUCCGCUGCAUCAUGAAAGGCGUAGUAGUAAUUGCAUCCCAGUCCCACCCCCCGAGACGCCUUAAAGUAGGCAAAGUGGAAAUAAACACGCACACAGAUGCCACCAUUGAAAAAUCGAUAAUCGGCGCAUGUGUGUGCGAGUGAGACCGAUGCCGGCGUGUACAAUCGACCGAGUGGCAUAAUAACAACAACAACACACACACUCGACUCGGCCGAUGCGAACAGCAAGACAAGUGUAAACAAAGAAGCACAAAGGCAGUAAAAAGGGAAAACACAACGAAGAAUAAAGAUAAAUACUGUUAGAGCGGUUGUCCCACAUAUAAAAUAGGAAAUAAACAACGUUAGCAAUAAAAGCACAAUCAUUAUACGCAACAUUAUUCGAGGCCAAAGGAAUUACUACACGAAUGCCAAUCAGCUUUUUCUGAGCAAAAUGCAGACGCUGCGCAAGAAAACGAGUCCUUGUAAAUAUCGCAACGAUCCGGGACGCUUUUUCGGCGAUGGCGUCCAGUUCAAGGCAAAGCUCAUCGGCAUUCUGGAGGUGGGCGAGGCCCGUGGCGACCGCAUGUGCCAGGAGGCUCUCCAGGACCUCAAGAUGGCCAUCCGGGCCGCCGGCGAGCAUAAGCAGCGGAUAACCAUCCAUGUAACCAUCGAUGGGCUCCGCCUUAGGGAUGAGAAAACAGGAGACUCCCUGUAUCAUCAUCCUGUCCAUAAGAUAUCCUUCAUUGCCCAGGAUAUGACCGAUUCCAGGGCCUUUGGUUAUAUCUUUGGGUCGCCAGAUAGCGGGCAUCGGUUCUUCGGCAUCAAGACGGACAAGGCGGCCAGCCAGGUGGUGCUGGCCAUGCGCGAUCUCUUCCAAGUGGUCUUCGAGCUUAAGAAGAAGGAGAUUGAGAUGGCACGCCAGCAGAUACAGGGCAAGUCCCUGCACGACCAUGCCAGCCAGCUGGCCUCCCUGUCCUCGCUGAAGGCCGCCGGCCUGGGUGGCGUAUCCCUCGGUCACGGGGAUUUGGCCAGCGGAGGAGGAGUCGCCUCCGGGCAUGCACUAAGCCUGCUAGGGGGUAGUCUUAGCGGUGCCUCCAAUGGAACAAGCAGGCUGGGCGUAAGCCUGGAUGUGGCCAAGGUUACAGGAGCGGCAGCCAAGGAGAUCUCUCCCGAGUCCGUGGCCGAUCUGGUAGAUCUCGAGCAGGAGCUGACCUCGCUGCAGAGGGGUAUCAGCCAGAUGGAGCGGAUUACACCCAAUGAACCCACCACCAUGGGUUCAAGCAGUGGUGGCCAUCCCUCAUUAGCCAAGUCAGCCAGUGAAGACGAUCCCUUUGGGGACUCGUUCAUCUAUGUGCCCUCCUACAGCAUCCUGCCACCACCUCCCGAAUCUGGACGUAAUAGGCACAAGCCUCCAAAUAAGACCCCGGAGACGGUGGCCAGUUUGGAGGCAAUGCUUUCGCCACCCCCAGGAGCAAGUAACUCCCAGUCUCCGGCCACCACAGCUUUGCAGGCAGCAGCGGAUAACGAUGAUGAUGAUAACUGGCUGCAGGAAUUGGAUCAACAGAAUGAUGUCUUUGACACCACGAAAGUAGUGAGCGGCGUCGGAGUUGGCGGCAGUGUUCUAGGUUCCGUGUUGGCCAUGGCUCCCUUGGCCUCCAGCGAAUCAACAGCCACGCCCACACAGCAACUAACAGAGAUGGCAGGUGGAUCUGCUGGUCCUCUAUCAGAUCUGGAUAUGGGCUUGGGCAUGGGUUCAGCCCUGGGAACGUCAACGGGUUCAGGCAACGAGGAACAGGCCUCAACGGUCUUGUCUCUGGAUGCGUUCACGGAUCUGGAUCCGCUGGGCACGGGACGCACCAGGCCGUAUGUCGAUAAGAAAUACUUCUUCCAAGAGCUAAAGAAUCCACCAAAGAAAUUGCUGAAGGAGCUCAGCUCCGGCAGCCAGGCGGGUCUUGGCCUGGGUGGUCUCACCCUAGGCCAGACGGAUGGCCUCUUUCCGGAGGAUAGCACCACCAUCUCCACCAUUACCACAACCAACACAGCUACUAACAUCACCACAGGGAAUCCGCUACAGAACUCGGCUAACACACUAACCACCACCGCUAGCACCGUCGCCAGUCUGGGCCAGCUCCUGUCAUCCGUUAACGUUAUUCCUUCGACUGUUCCCAUUCAACCUUCAGCUUCCCUUUCCCUGACCACACCCACUCCCUCAGCCAUUUCCAUUUCCCAUUCGAUUCCCUCGAGCGCCGAGCUAAAACUAUUGCUUGGCCAUAUCACUAAUCCGCCUAAUCCCACCGGCCACUAUUAUACCACAGAACCGUCAACGCUGGAGGAUCCACACUCACAUGCGGCUCCGCAAGCGGAUCCCGUGCUGUUGCCUAGAGAUACGGAUCCGUUUUCGCCCACGCGCAAGAAGAGUGAUCCGGAUCCGUUUCAGGAGGGCGAUCUUUUUGCCAAACUGGAUGCCUUUGAGUUUGAGGCUCCGCCGGCGAUUCCAGCUCCCUCGAUACCGGAAGCAAAGACCAACGUAUUCAAUGGACCACUCCAGGUACAGUUGCCGCCGGAGAAAGAGCAGCAGCAACAGCAUACUCUCCAGCUCCAGCAGCCGCCAAGUACGGUGAGGAACAGACCCACAGCCUCGGUGACUGCCCUUCAAAGUGGCGGGAGCAGCGGUGGACCCCUGGAUGUAAUCUCCAGUAUUAGCAACAAGAAGAUGCCCCAUUUGUUUGGCCAGUCGAGAUCCUUUGGCAAAUCCGGUUCGGAUAUAGGUUCCAGUGUUAAUAUGCGGCGUUUGCAAGAGAGCGAUUCCCUGAGCGAAACAGAGGCGGCACCAGAGCCACCGCCACGUCCAGACUCGGCUCCGUACUCGGAACCGCCGCCGCUGCCGCCGAAGAAGCAGUUCAGCGAUCUGGUGAUCCGACCCACGCCCGCUAAUCCCGUGCCACCGCCCACCGCUGGGAGGUAUGAAUACUUGAAUAGCAGUGCUACAACUGGGAGGAGGACUCUUUCAGAUGCACCGCCCAUUCCAUUGCCAUCACGACGCGUGGGUCGUUCCGAUGGGUGUUUUCCGGGACCGGGAAGGCCUAGAAAGCCAGGACACACCGAAGAUGAUUACUUGGCGCCUUUGGGGGCUCCACCGCCUUUGCUGCCGCCCCCAAGCCAAGGAUCUUCGGCCAGGGCAAGACCGCAGCGACAGGCAUCUCUGGGAAGACCUCAGGAUAUAUACGAAAACAAGGCGGAAAUCCUGCAGGCUCAAGCCCAGGCGCAGCAGGCACAGCAAGCUCACGAGGGCAGCUCCACCACCCUUGCUCCAGACAUCACCCUGACGCAGCUGCUCACCCUGGGCAUGGAUGACCUGGCCGUGAAGCUAAAUGUACCCGCCAGCAAGCUGAGCACUAUGACGCUGGUCCAGCUAACAGCCUACCUUUCCGAGUAUUUGUCCAGUGAGAAGAGCCAGGAGCGAAGAUCCUCCCCAGCCAAUCCAUCACCUGCUCCAGCAGCCUCCACGGCGGCCGUUUUCAAGGUCAACUUUGAUCAGCAGACCUCCUUUGUGGCCAAGUUUGAUGACACUUUCGGCGAGGAUGAGGUGGUCCCCAUGGACUCCAACUUUGUGGCCAAUUUUGCCAAUUUUAAUGAAGCUCCCGCAGCGAUGCCUAUGCCAGGUGUAUCUCCUGUGGCGGCCACAGUGCCCUCGGCUGAUCGGUAUGCUGUAUUCCGAGAGAUUAUAGACCAGGAGCUGCAGCAGCAGCAGCAGGAAACCGAUCUCAUGGGGGAUCUAACGCCACCGCCCAUCGAUGAGACGCAAAUCAAGGAGAUCCACGAAGGAGGAGGAUUGGAGGUGAACAAUAUGGGGCCAGAGCUACCUAUUGAUGCAUUGGAGGUUACACCAGCGCCCAAGAUUGAUACCAAAAUCACUGAGGUGGUGGCCCAGGCCAAGGAUCGUUAUGCAGCCUUGAGGGACAUCAUCCUGGUGGAGAAUCUCUUCGAUAAGCCGGCGGUGUCAGCUGCCAGUUUGCAGCCCCAGGAGAAGGAAAAGGAUUUGCUGCAGGACUUUCCCGAGUUUAGUGAUGAAUUCAAUGAGGACCACGACCUCCGUCAGAUCAUGGAUCAUCAAGAUGCUCAUCAAUCGCAGCAUUCCCAGAGUCGUCAUGGUCUCGUGGACAGUCGGGGCUUCCCAGCGGAGCCCUCGUCAUCCGCUUUGACAGUGGACGACGAUGACGAGGAUGAGGAUGCCGAUGCUGGUGGUGAGAGCAGUCUGGAUAGCAAUGAAAAGGAUGCGGAACCGGUUAGUGGACAGGAUCAGUAUGAGAAGUUGUCCACAUCCACACAGCAACUAGAUGCCGCUCCUCCCCAUCCGGAGGAUGUGUCCCAGCCGGCACAACCACAAUCCGUGCCUCCCAAGCAAGAUCAGAAAUUCCUAUCUGUUCUCACUGCUCCCGGUGGAGGAACCAAAGACGACAUCGAAAUCGACGAGCUUAUGCAUCGGGCCAUUUCCAAUCUCUCGUUGGAUUCCCGAGAUCGCAUUUCGCCCGCCACAUCCUCGGCAGCUCCGUCACGUGGAGCUCCUAGCCUGCACACGCCCUCGCAGUUUAAUGAUGUCAGCACUUCACCCAUUCCGCUCCAGAAACCACCAACCGUCAUGGGCAUACCAUCGCCAGUGCCCUCCCAACUGUCGGCUGUGUCGCAGCUCAUUGAUACCGCCACCAAGCAAAUGGGCGACAGGGAAAAGGAAGCCUCCAGGGAGAAGCAAUCUUGGGCCACCUUCGAUUCACCAAAGGCCAGGGGUAAGGCGAGGUUAACCCUGCCGCCGCCACCACCGCCUGCUUCCACUACUUCGCAGCCGGACACUGUAGAGUCGCCUUGCAGCUCGGAUCCCCGGGAUGAUGGUUGGUCCAAGCAGCAAAGGCGCUGGGCUAAGAAGGAGCGCCAGCAGACAUCCUCAUCUUCCAGGGAUCUAAGUCCCUGGGAUGAUGAGACGCCGGAGUAUCUGAAGCGACGACAGAUGGCUGCCGCCCAAAUGGCUCAUCCGCAUCAGCAGCAGCAGCAGCAGAUGCCGCCGGAUAGACAUGGUUAUUACAUGCGACAUGCCAGAAGGAUGAACUCCUGCGAUGAGGAUUAUGAUUACGAUGCGGAGUUUAUGGCACGCCGGGAUCAACAGCAGCAGCAGCGGAAAUUCAAGCAUGGUCUAUCCCGCAGCAGGGACAACUUUGAACUGGAUUCACCCAGUUGGUACCAUCAUCCUGCCCACCAUACCUGGUCGCCGCAGGAGAUUGAGCAGGCGCGUGCCCGUUCCUUUGAGCGUGCUGCCUACGAACGCUCCAGCUAUGGGCCACCACCUCCAAUCUAUGACAAACGUGGUCAGGUUAGGAGCAAAUAUCGUGGCGAUCACAGGGACAGGGAACGCGAGAGGGAUCGUGAGCGUGAGUAUCGUGACUACGCUCGUCCCAGCUACGAUUUUGAGUACGAAAAUGUAUACGAGGAACGUGGCGGACGCUCUCCCAUGGCCUACAAGCCCGGCAGAGGCGGCGUGGAUUACUUAUACGAUAGAGAACGAGAUAGGGAACGAAAUCAUGAACGGAAAUCCUUUGAUCGGGAGAGUCUCGAGUCGUACGAGAGCGCCAACCGGCGACGUCGCAGCUUUGGCAGUGGCAACGAUGUCUACGGCAGCCUGGACAGUCGCGAUGAUUAUCGUGGUGAGAGGGAAAGGGAUCGGGAGCGGGAUCGCGAGCAAAUGAAGACUAGAUCCCUGCGUAAACCCACAACAACGUCCGGGAAACUAAGAAUUAGUGGCGACAUUGACUAUGAACAGGAUUCGGAGCAGGAUUUCCAGCAGCGAGCGGCUGUGGGUAGGAGUAGUCUGCAGAGACCCAGCGAUGGGGUGCUACCCUCCAGUGCAACAGUGGGGGGUCCACAAAGACUGCGAAAGAGUAGCGGUUCUAGUCCUUGGGAUGGCGAGGAACCCUCUUUGCCUGGCCAGAAAUCCUGGAAGCGUCCAGCCAGCGCUGCUGAAACAGAGCGACGUCUGGCCGAGAGUCGUCGAGCGGCGGCCUUGGGACAAACUCCCUCGGAUGGCGAGAAAGAAAGAAGAUUCCGCAAAAAGACCCGUGCUCGCAGUGCCAAAGAUCUAGCCACAGUGGGCGUGACUGCCGCUGCUCCACUUCCCUCCCGUUCUGGUUAUGGUCGAGGCGGCCUAAGGGAUAACUAUGACUACAUAUGUCCAGGACAGCGUAACGAUCUAGAUGACGACGACGACGAUGAUGAUGAGGACUAUGUGGAUGAUGAGCCGCCCACGGAUGAGGAUAAGUUUGAGCGUUUGAAUCGGCGACGUCAUGAGAUGCACCAGCGUAUGUUGGAGUCCGAACGUAGGCAGCUAGAGCGCCAUCAGCCCCCCUCGCUGGCCAAGUUGCCGGGACAGAAUCAUAAUCGUGGCGGCGGCGGCGUCGUGGUCAACAGUGACUAUGGUUUUGUGGACAGCUAUGAACAGACUCCCACACCUACACCGCGCUCGAAUGCCAGUAGCACUGGACCUGGCGGUGGCGGUAACCUAAUGAUGAGCGGUGGCGAAUCCUCUGCUGGGGUAACCAGCUCCAAGUUCAACUUUGACGAUGGUUUUGAGUCGGAUUUCAAUCAAAGUUCACCGCCACCGGCACCAGCUGGCACUGCCUCCAGUUGCAAUUCUACGCCAGCGGGUCCUGUGUCUGGUGCAGGGAAUAACAAUGGUGGAUCCAAGAGCCUCUUCCGCUUCUCCAAUGACUUUUCGGACCGCGAGAAACGUGAGCAAUUUGAGGCGGAAACGCCGCCCACAUCGACGCCGCCGAUUACGCAGAAACUAAGAUUCGAUGACAAUGUCAAGGUGUCCCAGUUUGAUGAUGCCGCCUUUGAAGAUGACUUUGCCAAGGCGUCCUUUGAUUUUGAGAAGGAGUCAGGAGGCGGAGGAACAGGAGCAGCAGCAGCAGCUGGGGGUGCUCUGACCCGAAAGCAGAAUAUGCGAACAAGCAAAUUGCAGCAGCGACAGGAGUUGAUUAAGAAAUCCGAAUCGGUGAAUAUAUUUGCCAAGAAGCAAGAGGAUCCCUUCGAAGACGAUGAGUUCUUCAAGUCACCGGAUCAAGAGGAGGCAACCAAGGAGCAAGGUCAGGACGAUGGCGAGGCAGGGAAAUUCCAGUGGAACGAGGACGCCAAUUUUGCCAAGUUCGAUGAAAACAUGUGAUUUGACCAACUCUUUGCCCAGGCAUCGAGCAGUGGUCAACGUUGUCCGCAGGAGGACCACAACUAUGCGGAGAUUGAUGUGGUCAACGACACGGAUUUCAACUACCUGACCAACCUCAAUCAUUAUUACCAGCAGCAAAGGCUGCAAAGCCUACGACAGAGCUUGAACCGCAAUCCCAUUUACUGCAAUCUUCCCGUUCCUCAGCAGAAGCGGGAAGAUACUCCUCCACAGCCCACGACCAGAUCUACGUCCACAUCCACUAGUCCCUGGCAUGAGCCCAAGUCCAAGUCCAAGCUGCUGGUGCUAAGGAAACCCAAGAAGUGGAAACUAAAGCGCACCUUGGAUGACUUUGUCAAGUGUUUGAUUAUAGCCUCCUCCUCGGCGGAGCAUGUGUAUGAUUACGAUGUGCUGUGGUAGGAGGAGGAGGAUUGCGAGGAUAGGGAGAGCGGGCAAUACUCCUGAGAGGAUUCGCCACGAUAUAUACAUAAUAUAUAUAAAUAUAUAUCAGUCGCCACAUUAUAUCUAGUCAACUUAAAUAUCAAAUGCCAUAACCAAUUUGUAAUUUGUAAUAUCGUAAAGCUCUCCCUCUCUCAGGAUUUCUUUGCCGCCCUUGCCAAUCCUGGGACUUUCGGAUCCUCUCCCCCUUUCCCUUUAAAACAGAUUGUAUAUAUAGAUAUAUCCCCGCAAAAGCCAUAGUGAAUAAUAAGCGUUUGUUAAAGUUAAACCCAACGCAAAACAAAAAAAAAACUCCAACAACACUCCACAGCUAAUACUCAUGAGUCCCCCAAUCAUCAAUCGAUCUACUCAGAUUGAUCCAAACUAAACGAAAGCAACUAAUCAUUGGCCUAUGCUAGAUGUCGUAUAAUCCCUUCGAUAUAUAUAAAAGGGUAAAGGAUUAUCCACUGUGCUAGAGCAAACCAGAUACUACAUAAUUAUAAUAUAUAUUAUUAUAAUUAUAUAUAUUAUAAUAUUCCUAGGAUACUUUUAUUGGCAUCAUUUUUAUGAUUCAAGUUGCUCUAAACGAACUAACUAGUUUAAUUGUUUUAUGAUUUAACUACAUAUUUAUACACCAUAUGUAUUUAUACGUAAAUGAAACUGAACGAUCAAGCAGCUUAAUUAUAAUAAUACGAUAAUUAUACAAAAUACGAGCAUAUUCUUUAAUAUGUAAUGCAAUUAAUACAAAAAAACGAUAGUUAUUACCAAGAGAUGUUUCAAUUAUUAUUGAAUUUUAUUUUUUUGUCAUCUCAUCUGGUUUGGUUCUAUUAAUUAAA